AUGCUUGUCAAUGUAAAUGGCGGUCAGUCGGCAAAGAACAUCAAAUCAUGUGCUCAUACGGUCCAGCUCGCGCUGUGCUCAUACGUACUGUUGCAACACAGCCCUGCCAUGGCGACUGAAUAUAAUAUGUGGCGUCUGGAAUUUGUUUACCUCCAAAGAAUCAGACCAAUUCUGACAGGACUGUACAGUAUUCAACGGCCGAAAUGCACGCAGCAGUGUGCAACGGCUAGGAAUUCAUGGCAUGGUGGGGUCCCUGCUCGCACGCGCGCACAGGAUAGAUGA